AUGGGCGGUGUCCAGGAGGAAACGGACUAUCCGUAUGUGGCUCAUCAGCAGAAGUGUAUGCUGAACAAGGACAAGUUCGUUGCAUAUGUGAACACGUCACUAAGAGUGAGUCAAGACGAGGUGCAAAUUGCCGCGUACAUGGCGGAGCACGGACCACUGAGCAUGGCGCUGAACGCUAACAUGCUUCAAUUCUAUACCAGCGGAAUCAGCCACCCGUUCUCAUUCUUGUGUCCAGCAUCUGGAAUGAACCAUGCAGUUCUCGGUGUUGGCUACGGAGUUGAGGGGAAGAAACCGUUUUGGAUCGUGAAGAACAGUUGGGGACAGAAUUGGGGUGAAGAGGGUUAUUUCCGAAUCUAUCGUGGUAGUGGCUGCUGUGGUAUCAACCGCGAGACUACAACUGCGAUUAUACAUUAA